CUUCCGGCGCCACUCCUUUCCCCGCUGUCGCUGGAUCCGGUUUGUCCGCGGCUGCUCUGUGGGUGAAAGUCACUUUGAGGCCGGCGCUCGACCGUCGUCGCUGCGGAAAGAUAAAAUGUCUGAAAGCAUCACAAGCAAGCUGGAAAACUAUAAAACAGCUCCCUUUGAUAGCAGGUUCCCUAACCAAAACCAAACACGCAAUUGCUGGCAGAACUACCUUGAUUUCCAUCGCUGUGAGAAAGCCAUGGCAGCCAAGGGAGGAGAUCCUUAUAUUUGCCAGUGGUACAAAAGAGUAUACACGUCCCUUUGCCCUACUUCUUGGGUCACUGCCUGGGAUGAACGUAUAGAAGAGGGGACUUUUCCUGGCAAGAUCUGAUUGUCUUAUGCCUGCCAGAUUGCUUUCCUCAUCCUCAGGACGUUGCAGUCCCUUCUCUGUGGUGACUCUGAAGGAUUGUCUGAAGUAUAUCACCUUUCUGGCUUUUGUCUGUCUUGAAAGUCCAGCAUCAUGUGACAGUGCAGAGUCUUGGACUUUGCAAAUUCUCAUUAAAGGGAUAAAAACUGUA